GUUUUGCGCCGAUAUAUUUUCGAGGGUAAAUGUCAUUGUUCAAGUAGCAAGUUUAAUGCAGUCAAAAUCUGAUAAUAAAAAUGUUUAUAAGUGUAUAUUGAGAUUUGAUAGAUAAAUGUGUUGUUUGCAACCAAUUAUUUAACUAUAAAAGGAAGUUAAAUUAUAAUGUUAUCAAGAUAAGUGAUAAAGUUCAUUCAGAAAUUAUAAAAUUUUUAGUGUACAGUUUAGAGUUACAAAAUGUCCAGAAAUUCGUUUAAAAGGAGGACAGAAAAUGGAUGGGAUCUUUUCAAAGACGACAAAUACGAAAAAUCAAAAUUUCAUAGACCCAUGCCUCACGUCCAUUUUUUAGGUUUACUCUGCUUAAUCCUUAUCGUAUUUUCAUUAGUAAUUUUCAUAGAAAAACAAUUACCAGUUGCUCUUAAGAUCGAAGACGAAAACAAACACCCCGAAACGUUUAUAGCGGAAAGGGCGUACAACGUAUUAAAAAAUUUAACUAAAAUCGGUCCUCGAAUAGCCGGUAGUUACGAAAACGAAGUAUACGCCGUUCAGGUUCUCAAAAGCGAAAUAGAUAAUAUAAUGAAAGAUGCCAAUGAAAAUCAUGUGAUACAAUUAGACAUUCAAAAAGCAUCUGGCGCUUUCAAUUUGGAAUUUCUCGACGGUAUGACCAACGUUUAUCAAGAUGUACAAAACGUAAUUGUCAAAAUAGGAUCUAGAAUAAAUUCACCGCACAGUCUGCUCAUCAAUUGUCAUUUCGAUUCGGUUGUUGAUAGUCCAGGCGCCAGCGACGAUGGAGCCAGUUGUGCGGUUAUGCUCGAGAUCUUAAGAGUUUUAUCAAAAUCCACUAAAAUGUUGAGACAUAAUAUAAUAUUUCUGUUUAAUGGAGGAGAAGAAAACUUUAUGCCGGCCUCGCAUGGGUUUAUUACGCAACAUAAGUGGGCUAAAGAAGUUCGUGCAUUUAUUAAUUUGGAAGCAUGCGGAGCGGGAGGUAGAGAAGUACUGUUCCAAGCAGGUCCAAAUCAUCCGUGGAUCUUGGAAACUUAUUCCGAAGAAGUACCUUAUCCUUACGCUUCAUCUUUAGCUCAAGAAAUUUUUCAGAGUGGUAUUAUUCCAGGUGAUACCGAUUACAGAAUUUUUCGAGAUUUUGGAAAUCUCUCAGGAUUAGAUUUCGCUUGGUCGGCGAAUGGAUAUGUAUACCACACUAAAUUCGAUUCAGUGGAACAAGUACCGCUCGGAUCGCUUCAAAGAACGGGAGAUAACAUCCUAGCUUUAGCUAAAGGCAUGUCACAGGGUCAUCAAAUUUCCGACAUCGAAAAAUAUCAACCGGGACAUUUGGUAUUUUUCGAUUUCUUGGGGGCUUUCGUUAUCCGAUGGCCUAUGUUAAUAGCCGACAUUGUUAAUCUAUCGUCUGUGAUAUUUUCUUUAUAUUCUUUGUACGGAAACUUCAAGAGUGCUAAAAUUACCGACGGUUUAAACAACGAACGGUAUUCAAGAAAGCUUGUAGGUUGUAUGAUAAUUGUUUUUAUGGCUUGGAUAAUAUCAGUUAUAUCGACACUUGGUAUAGCAGCACUAUUGACUUGUUUAGGUCGUACUAUGAGCUGGUACGCCCGACCUUUAUGGAUUUUCUUUCUAUAUGUGAUACCUACUCUAGUCAUAUCCAUGCUAACUUUACUUCUGCACGCCAAAAUGUUUAACAAGGAUAUUGAAACUUCACCCUGGACAUUAUUUCAAUUAUAUUACGAUGCAUAUCAACUACUUUGGACUAUAGUAUUAUUAUUAGGAGUAGUUUUAAGAUUACGUUCAAGUUUCAUACCACUUCUUUGGGUUUUCUCCGCCGCAUUAGGAAAUGUAUUAAAGUCUACAUUAUUCGGUAAAUGGAGAGAUUCAAAGUGGCUUCUCCUUCACAUAUCCGUAUUCGGAUUGCCUUUCGUGCAAUGCUUCUACUUAAUCAUAGGAGCCCUCUACCUCUUCAUACCGAUAAUGGGUCGAGCAGGAUCCGGUAGUCACGCCGAAUUUCUCCUUUCGAUUUUCGUCACUUCAAUAUUUGCGAAUUUAUUUACUUUCGUCGUACCAUUGGCGAUAUUAGUUAGAGGUAUCGAAAGAAUUUUUAGCCUGUUGACAGGACUGUUUCUUCUAUCUCUGGCUAUUAUAAUAUUGACUCCCUUGGGAUUUCCGUAUUCGGGAGAAACUGGAGCGUUGGCUCCACAGAGAUUUAUGAUAGCGCACACGCAUAGAACAUUCCAUGACAUAUCAGGAAAAGUUGUGAACGAAUCAACUGGCUAUUGGUUCGCGGAUAUGGACCCUAAUAGUCCGCAUUCAGUUGAUAGACACGUUCCGGAUAUGAAAAAUGCAGAAUUAGUUAACAAAGAUUGUGAAAGUUACCUAUAUUGCGGGUUACCAUACCUCGUACCAGUAUUAACAAUGAUAUGGAAAACUCAUUGGCUACCCGGUCCGCCUCCAGUUAUUUUGAAACCAGUUUCUAUGAAAAUUUUGAAUAGAACGAUCACCACCGUCGGAGAGAAAAUUACCAUGAAGGUAGAUGGUCCUACACAUAUUGGUGUUAUGAUAUCUCCGGUGUCCGGGGUGGAAAUUGAAAGUUGGAGUUUACCUACAAACGAACCAUUAGCCGGUCCAUUGUGGAAUGGAAGGAAAACAUAUUUUAUUUAUUACGCCUAUGGUUUGGAACCUGUUCCGUUGGUAUUUUCAAUAAAUUUCAAAACUCCGAAAAAUCAUAAAGAGCCUAUAAUGGAUUUGGCUAUAACUUCCCACUACUUGUUCGGUCCGGGUAAGGCCUCAAAGGAAUUUAAACAACUCAUUAAUCAAUUUCCGUCGUGGACGGCAAUUAAUUAUUGGACGGCGUCGUACGAAUCGUGGAUAGUUUAGAAAUAAAUUAUGUAUAUUAACAAUCAGUAUGGAACCUCAAUUUUAUCGAUUCUGUUCGACUAUGAUCUUGUUUUGACUAUUAUGCAACAUCAAUCUGUAUAUUGCAAUUAAUUACAACACUGCCGCUAUUAAUUAAUUCAUAUUUGCAGUAUUUUUUGGUUAAAAAGUGUUCGACAACAUGACACUUUAGUGAAUGUUUUGAUUGUACCAUGAAAAUCAUCCCAGAUAUAAAUCAAACCAGUGUAUAGUGAAUAAUAAUUAUCCAAAGGCAAUAAAUAUUCCACCUCUCGAAGGAGAUCUAUAGCAUUGAUACAGAUGCCAAUUUUUUUUGUUUGUUGUCAUUUUUACGGAUUUUUUUUUAAAUAGAAACAAUUAUCUUUAUUUUCUUUUUUAUUUAUACGAUUUCUAUUACUGGGGUGAAUUAAUAAACACUCUCUUACGUUCUUAAUUUAUGUAAAUACUUUACACUUAUAUAAUUCACUUAUCACUAUUACUUAACUAAUUUAAAUUCUUAGUUUACUUUCAAUUUCGGUCUGUUCACAACGACUUUUUAUUAUAAACUAACUGAACUGCACUACACAGCUCCUUAUAUAUCCCAAAAGAAUUUUAAAAACAAAGAAACAAAACAAAUGAAUGAAUAGACCUUCCUAGAAAUUAUUCAAAAUAAAAAAUGUAAAUAAAUUGCCUGCUAUAAUAAAAACUUAUACAGGGUGAUUCAUUAAAAAUGUCCAAUCUCUGAACUGUACAUUCUAGACCCCAAAAUAUGAUGAUUCUGCUCAACAUGCCUUAUGCAAAUAUUGCUAGUUUCCGAGAUACGAGGUGUUCAAAGUUUAAAUUUUGAUUUUCGCAAUAAUUUUUUGUUUUCAUGAUUUCUCUUUGAAAAUUGGCAAUUUUACGUUUUUUGGCAUAAGGAAUCAUAAUUUGCACUCUAAUUCAACAUUGCUAAUAGAGGGCGCUAGCUACACUUGUUUGUGUUAAUUAAAUGAAAGUAAACUUUUUUUGGGCUAAACUUACAAUUAAAAUAAUAAUAAAAUAUUAAAAAGCGUUAAAUUCUACAAAAAAAAGUUACUCUUCUUUGAUUCGUGUAAUUCAAUCGGUUAUCGAGUUAUUUGCUUCUAAAAAGUUCAAUAAAUUUAAAUUUUUUCAUAAAAAAAUUUUAUAUAUUAUUCAUAUAUUUUUCAUUGCCUUUUAAUUAUUUUUCUAUCUUUAUUAUACAACAGCUUUUAUAACUCAGACCAGGUAAUUGAUUAGAACUUGUUCUGGUAACUUCUAUUUCUUACCUGUAAUUUAUUUCAGUCGAUAGAUUGUGCAGUAGGAAUGAAUUAAGAAAAUUUUCAUGUAAAAGAAACUAAUGGAGAAGUACUGGCGCCUUUCCAUUCUAGAUCACUCAAAAUGUUGUUUUGGAACUGUGAAACUGCUACAUCUGCUCAGGAAGCAUUUGUUAAGGAUUAGAUGUGGAUUCUAGGGAGAGCAGUAUGAAACUUUGACUCACCUAGACCUAGAAUACCCCGGAAAAAAUUUUUUGUACACAAAACUUUAUAUGAGUGAGAAUCUAGCCUGAUUAAAAUCAGGAAAGAUAUCUAGAAUUGGAAGGCAAGUGAAGAUAGUACAUCUUCACUUAAAUAAAAUAGUUUACAUUAAUUUUUUCCUUUUUUUUUAUUUAUCACGGUUAGUAAAUUAUACAGCAAGUGUAUAAAAAAAUAAAACAUACAAUAAUCUCACAGAAAUCAAAGAUAUAAUAGAACUUGUCGUUUAACUCCCAUAAUUCUAUUCAAGAACAUUUAUAGAAUACUUCAGGAUAUUCGAUACCUGCGCAAAUAUAUUGGUAAAGUUAGGGGGAAAAGAAUAACAACUUAACCAAUUGGAUAAUGUAUCUAACUUCGUUACGGCAUGUUUAUGUUGAUCAUUAAGCUUGUAAUUGAGUUUUGUGGUACGCAUCCCUUGAAAGUUCAAUACUGAUUGUACUAAUAUUAAGGAACAAGUAUUUCGUUUAUACAGUGUGUCGCAUUUAAUAUGGAGAUUUUUACGCAAUCAUAUAGGGUUAUUUGGAUAUAUAAAGGAAAUUAUUUCUUUUUAACAACAAUUUAAUAGUGUUAUAUAUUUAAGAAUUUCAGUAAUACCAGCGUCGAACAUGGGAUUAUAGAUUAGGAUGUCCGAUAUUUCCCAAUGCUCAAUUAUAAAUGAAUAAUAAGAUAUUUCUUUAGUCACUUUCUUAUGGGUCAGUUUGGUAGUUUCCAGAAGUCAUUCAUGCUUUAUUAUUCGCUUCAUAUUUUAAUGUCAGCGAUUUACUUUUUGAGAAACAGCGAGGUUUCUUUGAUAAGUGAAAGAGUUUUUCUGUACCUGUCAUGUGUUUCCAGCGAGUAAAAUUGUUAAACGUACCUUUGCUUUCCACCAAGAUAUUUAUCAUUGUUUCAUCUGCAUUGAAGAUGUUUUCAAGCUCCUAAUCUCAACCUAUCAAUUAAUCCUUUUUUUAUCAUGUUCUGUUGGUAGAGUGUUUUUCAACAUUCCGAAGAAAAUUUUCAGCUUUCCAAGACUUCACACUGACAUAUACCUCAGUAGUUAGUUAGUUAUUUUCUUUCAUGUUUUCAAGAAGCUCUCCCUGGUUAUCAAUUUUUGUGUAUAAGUUACCUGAGAUUUCUUAUCGGUGAUAUUAAUACCGAAUACACUGUUUAAAGUACCACUGCAUUAACACUCACACUUACACUGUCCGAUACUCGUUUCGAUAACCAAGUUAUUUUCAUAGACAAGUUAUCGUGUCAGAUAGUUUAAUUAUGAAUGUUGGAGUAGUGGUCAUGGUGUUUCAACUCCAGAAGAAAAUUUUCACCUUCACCUUAAAAUUUACCUCGGUAGUUAGUUAUUUCCAUUCAUGUUUCAAGAAGCACUUCCUGGAUAUCAAUUUUUGUGUAUAAGUCACCUGGGAUUUCUUAUCGGUGAUAUUAAUACCGAAUA